CACGGCGGCGAGGAGCGCCGGCGAGCGCUGCCCGGGACCAAGGGGCCGGCGCGGCUGGCGGGGCCGGCGGCGGCUGGAGCCAGAGCGCGACGCGACGCGACCGCGGCUUCCAGAGCUCCGCCUGGCCGCCCAGCGCCGAGCCCUCCCGCGGCCUGAGGGGUCCGGGCCGCCGUCCAUGGUCGCCGCGUCCUGAGGCGGGGGACGCGCCCGGCGCCCCCAGCCCUCCGCCGCCGCCUCCUGUGGGGCGGACGGCCUCCUCCGGCGCCUCCCUGCGCCCGCCCGCCGCCUCCCUCCCUCCUUCCCUGCGGCUCGCCCGGCUUUCCGAGCCCGGGGGCGGCCUGUGGCGCGCGGAGCCCGCGCCGGACUGCGCCUCUUUGGACCUUGAAGGGAAACAUGCGUUUGGCUUGGAUCGUUUUAAAUUCUUAGUUUGAGGUCCCUGCCCGCCUGCUUCUCCUCCCCGCGGGAAUUUUUUUUUUCUUUUUUCUUUUCCUUUUUUUCCCUUUUCCCCCUCCUGGUCUCCUUUUUGACUCCUUCCCCCUUUAUGCUCGCCCAGCCCUCCCCCCGCUGCUGAGAAGUGGGGGAGGGUCUCGGCUCCCAGGUUCCCGCCCCAUCGGGGCCCGGGCGAGCAUGGGGGGAAAGCAGAGCACGGCAGCCCGCUCUCGAGGCCCUUUCCCGGGGGUCUCCACCGAUGACAGCGCCGUGCCGCCGCCGGGAGGGGCGCCCCACUUCGGGCACUACAGGACGGGCGGCGGAGCCAUGGGGCUGCGCAGCCGUUCGGUCAGCUCGGUGGCGGGCAUGGGCAUGGACCCCAGCACGGCCGGCGGGGUGCCCUUUGGCCUCUACACCCCCGCCUCCCGGGGCACCGGCGACUCCGAGAGGGCGCCCGGCGGCGGCGGAGGGUCGGCGUCCGACUCCACCUUUGCCCAUGGCAAUGGUUACCAGGAGACUGGCGGCGGUCACCAUAGAGACGGGAUGCUGUACCUGGGCUCCCGAGCCUCGCUGGCGGAUGCUCUACCUCUGCACAUCGCACCCAGGUGGUUCAGCUCGCACAGUGGUUUCAAGUGCCCCAUUUGCUCCAAGUCUGUGGCUUCCGAUGAGAUGGAAAUGCACUUUAUAAUGUGUCUGAGCAAACCUCGCCUCUCCUACAAUGACGACGUGCUGACGAAAGACGCGGGUGAGUGUGUGAUCUGCCUGGAGGAGCUGCUGCAGGGGGACACGAUAGCCAGGCUGCCCUGCCUGUGCAUCUAUCACAAAAGCUGCAUAGACUCGUGGUUUGAAGUGAACAGAUCUUGUCCAGAACACCCUGCGGACUGACCCUGCCGGGCUUGCUUGCUGACUGCUCUCAAAGGAAACUUAAACAGACUUCCUUAAAGAAAUGUGUACAAGCAGCCGUGUUUUCAGGCGCUCCGUUUGAGAACUUUUAGCCCUGGGGGUUCACGCAUGGCAUCAGCCCAUGCCAGAUAGGUUUCUGUAUUUAUAUAUUAAAAUAAAAAAAAAAAAACUUAAAAACGUUUAAAAAAAUGUUCAGAGCUUGGGAGAGAAGCUUUCUUCACUAGUCGAGGUGUUUUGAUAUGGUAUUAAAAUCACGUCUAACGAAAGAUGCACUGUGUGAUUCUAUUUUAAUGAAGUAUUGUCAUACAGCCACGAAAUGGGGCCGAGCCUGCUCCCCGCUCCCUCACUACCUCCUUAGCGUUCCUUCGGGCCCUCUGUGGGGCUGCAGGUGUGUGAAGUGCUUCUCAGACUGUCCUCCCUGGGAGGAGGACAGGUGACGACGGGUCAGGCAGGUGUCCCACGAGGCGACGAACCCUUGGACGUGAGCACCAUGGAGCCAGCCUUCCGCUGCUGCGCAGAGCUGGUGACGGGACUCUUCUGCGAAGAUGUGCAGGAGCAGUGAUCUGGCAGCCACCAGAGGCUGCAAGGACUUGGGUUCUUCCACGGCCGGGCCCAGCCCCCCCAGCCUCCGCUCCCCAUCCCAAGCCCCCCAGCCCUGCCUGUUGCUCUGUUCGCAUCUCAGUGCUGACUCACGGGCAUGCUCCAUGGUGGCCCAGGAAGAGGCCCUGGUUUGGGGCUGAGCCAGCUCAGAGCCCUUGAACCAGAACCAGCCACCCCAGCUCACAAAAGUUGCCAAAGCUGGCCGGAAGAUCAGGGCAGGGGAGCAGCCGCUCCUGCCUGGCCCCUGGCCCUGGCCAGACAGGCUCCGGAGUGGCCAUCCUGAGCCUCCCACAGAGCCUGCAAAGGAAAGUGCUGGAGGGAGAUGGGAGACGACCCCGCGCCUUCUCUGCCCCACCAUUGCCAGGCCGGCCCCUGGUGCUGUUGCCUCGGGGCUCCGGCGCCUCCAGGCCCAGGGGUCUAGCUGGGCCUGUGGGCUCCACCUCCACAGCCACCUCCCUCAGAUGCUUCCUGAAGCACCUGCUGUGUUCGAGGUGUUCACCCCCGGCCAGUGGGGCACGCACAGCAUCUCAGAUGUGCCGAAGGAGUUUGCAGGCCUCCGCCUCAGCCUCGGACCGGCCUGACAUGGAGACCCCAGGACCCACAAACGCCAUCGUGAGAGUCAGUGGCAAGAAUGGGGGUUCCAAUAGUUUGCACUGGGGCCCUCUGCUUCCUGGCAGAAUGAUCUGGGGGAAGGACUGCGUUCACCUGAACCUCGGCAUCCUCACCCGUGGAGUAGGGACCGCGUCACGCAGCUCAGAAGUCGCCAGGAGGGUCAGGGGACCUGCCCCGAAGGCCUGGCACAUGCGCAGCAGGCUCCCUGGUGGCUCUGUCGCUGCAAAGGGCACUGUUCUAUUCACAGCACCUCCUGCUUCUGCCUGGCAACUGUGUCUCCCUGUUCUAUAUUUAAUUCCACCAGCAAAGCUGGCGGGGCAGGGCCCAGCUCUGAAGGAGAUCUCCUUGCCUGACCCCUGGACCUGGAGACGGAGGCCGUGCGCGUCCACCUCGGCGGCUUGGCUUGAGCCCGGCUGCUUUGGCAGCGCUGCCAGUGGCCAAGCAGCUUGUUGAGCUGUGUGGGGCAGGGUCGUGGCCCACACUGGGUGCUAUUCCAGGCUCUUGGGGGCUGGUGCUCACCCCUCAACUCUAACCACCCCCCACCCCACCCCCGCCGCUGACUUCCGCUCCCGCCUGGCACACCGCAGCCCUCUGCUGGCUGUCACGUCCUCUGAACUUGACCCAUGGGUGGGACUGGCUGUGUGGGCUCCCCCCAUAGAGCUGGUGCUGUCCUCCUCCUCCUGCAGCGCUCCCAGAAUCCUGUGCUGCUCCUGCUCUGCCCUGCCAGGGGAGAGAACCUGCUGGAGCAGGGAGGUGCGUUCUGCCCCCUGUCUGCUAAAGGUCUGGCUCACUUUCCUGGGGUUCCUGGACAGGAGCCGCUCACUAAGACCAUACAUCUAAUAGCCAUUUACUGGUAUUGAGGUUUAUAGGCGAAUGUCCUUAUUAGGAGAUGGAUGAUGAAUUAUAUAGGUGAAUGAUUUCAAGAAAUGUGUAAUCUAAUUCUGAGUGGUUUCCCCCCAAAAAAAUACAUACACAAAGCAAAUAAGGCAAAAUGUUCGUUGUUUGAAUUUGCAGUGGCUGCUGUUUCCGUGAACGGUGUACUUGUUCUUUGAACUUUUCUGUAUGUUUGGAAUUUUUCUUAAUAAAAAAAAUAUUGUGGGAAAAUGGC